AUGUAUGACUCUACCAUGGACCACAUUAUCUGCUGCCUGUUGGUCCUGGGAGCCACAGUGAUGAUCACCCAUGCAUGCCCCAAGUACUGUGUAUGCCAGAAUCUGUCUGAGUCCCUGGGGACAUUGUGUCCUUCCAAAGGCCUUUUAUUUGUGCCUCCAGAUAUUGACCGUAGCACGGUGGAGCUCCGGCUGGGAGGCAACUACAUCCUCCGCAUCACACAGCAGGACUUUGCCAAUAUGACCGACCUGGUUGACCUGACCCUCUCCAGGAACACCAUCAGCUACAUUCAGCCCUUCUCUUUUGGUGACUUGGAAACACUUCGCUCACUUCAUCUGGACAAUAACCGCUUAAUUGAGCUGGGCCCUGAUGAUUUGCGAGGCUUGGUCAACCUGCAGCACCUCAUUGUUAACAACAACCAACUGGGGCGAAUCCAUGACAAGGCCUUUGAGGACCUGGCACCUGCCUUGGAGGAUCUGGAUCUCUCCUACAACAACCUGAUGUCUCUGCCCUGGGUCUCAGUACGCCAGAUGAUUAACCUGCACCAGCUUAGUCUGGACCACAACCUAUUGGACUUUAUUCCAGAGGGUACCUUCACUGACCUGGAAAGGCUUGCGAGACUCGACCUGACCUCGAACCGCUUGCAGAAGCUACCCCCAGACCCCAUCUUUGCCCGCGCCCAAGACUCAUUGAUACUGACCACACCCUAUGCUCCCCAGCUGUCCCUAAGUCUGGGCGGGAACCCUCUGCACUGCAACUGUGAGAUGCUGUGGUUGCGGAGGCUUGAGAGAGAUGACGACCUGGAGACCUGUGCCUCACCUCCUGCUCUAAAGGGUCGUUAUUUUUGGAAUAUAAAGGAGGAGGAGUUUGUGUGUCAGCCACCUCUCAUUACCCAACACACCCACAGGAUGCUGGUGCUGGAGGGCCAGACAGCCAACCUAAGGUGCGAAGCUACCGGAGACCCUUCCCCAACUAUCCACUGGAUCUCCCCUGAUGACCGGCUGCUUGGCAACUCCUCCCGAACCACAGUGUACAGCAACGGAACCUUGAGCAUCACCAUCACCACCUCAAAGGAUUACGGCACCUUCACCUGUAUUGCCGCUAAUGUGGCAGGGGAGUCCACAGCACCCGUGGAAGUGUCCAUUGUCCAGCUUCCUCACCUCAGCAACGGGACCGGGCAGCCGGCACAGCCUAAGUCACGCCUCUCUGACAUCACAGGCACUACCAGGAUCAGCCAGGGGGCUCCCAAGAGCCAACCAGAGAGGACUGUGUCAGUCUCUGAGGUGACAGCUGUUUCAGCGCUGGUAAAGUGGACGGUGAGCAAGUCGGCUCCCAAGGUGAAGAUGUACCAGCUCCAGUACAACUGCUCGGAUGACGAGGUUCUGAUCUACAGGAUGAUCCCGGCCUCCAGCAAAGCUUUCUUGGUGACGAAUCUGGUGUCGGGGACUCGCUACGAUCUGUGUGUGCUGGCCGCCUGGGAUGACACUGCCACCACACUCACGGCCACCAACGUCGUGGGCUGCACACAUUUCUUCACCCAGGAUGACUACUCUCAGUGCCGGUCUCUGCCCAGCCAGCUGCUGGGAGGCACCAUGAUCCUGGUGGUUGGGGGCAUCAUCGUGGCCACCCUGCUGGUGUUCAUUGUCAUCCUUAUGGUUCGCUACAAAGCUGCAGAUACUGAGCCCCCAGUGGGGAAGCUGACCAGUGUCAGUGACACACACUCUCAGACCAACGGGGGUCGACUCGGGCAAAAUGGACUUCUUAUGUCCCAGUCUCAGCCUUAUCCUCAGUCUGAGCCUGAGCCGAGGGUCAAAGCAAAAGUGACUCUGCAGGAUGACGUGGUGGAGUUCAAGUGUGGCUCCCUCCAGAGCAGCCUCACCUCUUCCUCCUCUUCUUCAGGCUCCAUGGUCGGGGGUUCGUACAGCCCCAACAGCACGCUUGCCAACAUUUGGAGGUCAGCUCCCUCCAAGCCCCGGUCCAACCUGGACCACCUCCUCGGGGCCUUCACCUCGCUUGAGCUGCGGGGAGCGCAGGGCCGCGACCCAGGAGCCUCCAGUAGCACUUCGAUGGCAACAGCGAAGCCACACACAGACAGGGAGCCACUACUGGGCCGGACGCUGGACUCCAGCCUCAGCCGGCUCCUCAUGCUACCUUUGGACUCCAAGCUGAAAAGGAGCCAGUCUUUCGACAUGGGAGACGUAACAGGCUCCGGUGCCGCUCAGCUGUGUAACAAACCACGCAGGAUCAGCAGUAUCUGGACUAAAAGGAGCCUGUCUGUAAAUGGCAUGCUGCUGCAGUGCGAGGAGGAGGGCGACACGGGAGGGAGCAAAGGGACGAUAGACAGCGCUGACUGGGUGAUGGAGAGUACUGUCUAG